GCGUCAGUGAAAGAGUGGGGGGAGGGAGGGAGGGAGGAUGGCAUUGCAUGAGAAGCCAAAGCAUUAAUGCUCACGGUCAUUGGAAGCUACACGCUGGAAUACGUUCUCUUUCCUCAAGGAAGAAAUAGAACAGAGGAGAUGGCUUAGUUCUGUGUUCUUCUUUUAUAUAAUGCGAAAUGAAAACUGUGUGAAAGCCAGAGCAGCGUGAUCAGCUUGAUUGAUUUUUUUUAAAAGAUGGCUUCAGCAGAUAAUCUCCGCAAGAAGAUUAAAAGUAAACGCAAGGUACUGCAAGAAUCUCUAACCGGAAGUCGAGAUGUCACAGACACUCAGGCUUUGGUCGAUGCAGAACUGGGAAACAGUAAAGGAUAUGAGCAAGCUACAGUGGUGGAGGUGAUUCAGAAUGAGGAGGAGCAGGUAGAGAACCUCAAGCAAACCCUGAAAAUCCAAAGACAAAGGAGGAAAAAGCCACUGAUGGAGGAAGCAGCUGACUGGUAUCCUGAAGAGUCUGUAGAGCAAAAUGGCACCUUUACUGAACAAAGAGUCCUUCCUCCUCUACUUGCAUCUACUCCGAGGACAAGCUUUGCUGAAUACUCCAUGCGAGAAAAAGUGAGGGAGAAAAUGAAAGCUGCAAGGUCUAAAGCAGAGACUGCUAUUCAGCAAGAGGAAGCCAGUGUAUUUCCACAACGCCUGACCAGUCUCCGUGAUCAAGAGCCACUCACGAGACUUGACACAAAAACAGAUGAAGAGGAUUUGAAGAGACCAAGAGAUGCUGGAUCUCCCCUUCCCUCUUCCAGAGUGAGGUUUCGUGAAGCAGCGAAUAAGAUAAAGCAGAAACCGCAGACUACUACAGACUGUCCUACUGCUGAAGAGGCCUACAAUUUCUUCACUUUCAAUUUUGACCCUGAGCCUGAGUCCGAGCCCGAGGAGAUACAGGAAGAGUCCGAACAAGAGAAAAGGCCUGAAACUAGUCAAGAGGCUGAACUGCAAGAGGAUGGAGAGGAAGAGGAGGCGGUUGAGGAGGAGGAAGAGGGACAGGAAGAAGACAAACCACUUGUGAAAGAUAAAGAGGAUGAUGGAGAACUCUUUAUAAUCGAUCAAACAGCACGAGAUUUUCUUGUCACACAAGCUGCUGAAUAUGAAGGCGACCAGAGUCGUCUGGAGAAAGAACGACAGAUGCUUUUUACCCCCAGCAUUCUGGCAGUAUCUGCAUCAGAGAAGAUUCCUGAAAAUGUGCAACUCCGAUUCCUAGAAAAUGAAGGCCUGUAUGUUGGAGAGAGACCUCACGUUUCAGUAACUAACCAGAACAUCUUAGAGAACCGCAUUCUUAAAAAUGAAGAGGGCAAGAAUUGGUUUGGAGCUGAUGGUAGGAUUUUAGCCUUGCCUAAUCCUAUCAAACAAUCCCAAACUAGGCCUCCAGUUUACUCACGAGAGGAAGAAGUGGAACCUGCAUUAGAAACCAUGUAUAGAAAGGCUGAGAAGUCCAAGUAUAACAGCCGUUACAUUGCUGGUUCAGGAGAUCCACUGGGACAGUUUCAACUGGACAUUGAUAUUUCUGGCUUGAUAUUCACACAUCAUCCCCUGUUUAGCCGUGAACAUGUACUGGCAGCUAAACUGGCUCAGAUGUACGACAAGUAUCUGUUUCAGCAACGGAAGAACCUCAGCACUCUUUAUUCUGACAAGUUAAAUGCCCUAAGAAAUGCAGUGAACAACAUUGUCGCUGGUGACACAGGCGAAGGCUCAGUGGUACGACACCGGAUCCUGGACUAUAAAUUGGAGAUCAGAACAACAAGAAGGAUGUGCGAUGUGGAACAGGAGAAAGACCGCACAUUGCUGAAGAACAUUGUGAAAGUUUGGAAAGACAUCAAGUCACUCAGAGAGUUUCAGACGUUUACCAACACACCAUUGAAAUUGCACCUUAGAAGAGAAGAGGUUGACCGGAAAGCCGAUGAAACAGCUUAUGAAUCUGAAAUCCAGGCUGAGAUAGCAGAACUAUUGGAAGAGUAUCAAGAAGACUAUGAGAAGAAGCUGAAAGAAUAUAGGGCUAAGUACGAGGAGUGGAAGGCCUGGAGAAAAGCAAAAAGAGCAAAGAAGAAAAAGAAGAAAAGUGUUGGUGAGCAGCAGGACGGCGCCGAUGAUGAGGAUGUAGUUGUUGGUGAAGACGUCCCAAAGCCUGAUCCUCCAGAGCAAGUGGAUAUUCAGGCAGUGGAGCAGCAAAUCCGAGAAAAAGCAACCAUGAUUCGCCGUAAACCUGGAGAACCAAUCUUGAUCCCAGAACUUACAGUGGCUGCCACAGUCACAACCACCAGCCAGUGUCCAAGAGGAGAGCAGCUGAGAAGACGAGAUGUGCAGAAACGCUCCAUCUACUCCAGAGUUCUGUUUAACAACAAAGAGGUGUCCAGGACCAGUAGCCGGACAUUACCUGCAGACUUUAGGAUUCAUUUUGGACAAAUUUUCAAUGUUCAAAUAGUCAACUGGCCAGAAUGUAUAGCGAUUCAGAUAUUCGAAAUAGUGGGAAACAACAGCACGCAGCUUUCUGAAGUGUUCAUCCCCAUCCCGGAGACAAACGUCCUCACAGGAGGUGCUCCUACCGAUGAAAUUGAGUUUAGCAACAAUCAGCGAGUGUCAUUUGACCACGAGGGAGUUGGAAGCGACGUGCCAUUCUCAUUUGAAGCUGAUGGAAGUAAUAAACUGAUCCUGUUGACCUCGGGCAAGUUAUCUUGUAGCGUCUCCUGGGGAGUGCGAGAGGAUGGUAUACCACUCGUGCCUCCCAUGUCUCAACAAAGCCAUGGGGUUCAAAGUGCAUUAAAACACAUUGAUGCCAUAGCAUCUAUUGGAGCAUCUGGAUUGACGGACAUGAAAAAGCUGGCAAAAUGGGCAGCAGAAUCCAGGCUUGACCCAAAUGACCCCAGCAAUGCAGCUAUCAUGCAGUUAAUAAGUGUUGCAACCAGUGGGGAGGUUCAGGCUGAUGGCUUUUUCAGACUUGAGCAGCUGCAGGAAGAAUUCAACUUCAUCUCAGACGAAGAAAUGAAUAGAUCCAAGAGGUUCCGGCUGUUGCAUCUCCGGAGUCAAGAGUUGCCUGAGUUCCGAAAUUACAAACAAGUGCCUGUUUUGGAUCGUGAGAUCUCGGAAAAAGUUUUCCAGGACUAUGAAAAGAAGUUGCGGGAGAGAGACAUCAUUGACACAAAGGACCACCUAGAUGCUCACAGAGUAAAGGUAGCAAAGUAUCUACAGAAGGUUCGAGAGUCUGUUGUGAAUAGAUUCUUGGUGGCAAAGCGCAAUUACAUCCUGUCUGAUUUAGUUGUAGAAGAAGAGGUUCCCAGCAUAGGGGUGUUGGGUAUCAACUUGUUCAGACUGACAGAACCAAAGAGACCUCUCAAACCACGAAGAAAAGAAAGGAAAAAAGUCACUGCCCAAAACCUUUCAGAUGGAGACAUUAAGCUUCUGGUCAACAUUCUCCGAGCUUAUGACUUACCUAUACGUAAAACUACAGGAAGUAAACCUCCACUGGCCUCCAGAUCAGCGAGGUCUAUUAAUGAAAGCUUUGCAGCUUCUCAAGUACCUCAAAGUCCUACUCAAAGCCAUGACUGGCCUGUUAACCAGUUAUCAGUGCGUCCUUUUGUGGAGGUGUCAUUCCAACGUACAGUCUGUCAGACCGCAACGGCAGAUGGUCCAAACCCUAAUUGGAAUGAAGAACUGGAACUCCCAUUCAGAGCUCCGAAUGGUGAUUACAGCACUGCAAGCCUGCAGUCUGUCACAGAUGAAGUGUUCAUCAACGUCUUCGAUGAAGUUGUUUAUGACAUCUUAGAGGAUGAACGAGAAAGAGGGAGUGGUGUUCACACUCGUAUUGAACAACACUGGUUGGGAGCUGUACAGAUCCCAUUUACUACCAUUUACUGCCAGGCUAGGAUUGAUGGCACCUUCAGGAUUAACACACCGCCAGUACUGCUAGGAUACAGCAAAGAGCGUCAUCAUGCCAGCGAGGGAGGGUGGGAUGCAGUUCGAAGCCUUAGUGAAGGGUCUUAUUUGUCCCUUUUCAUCACUGUUGAACCUCAACUUGUACCUGGCGAAUCUGUAAGAGAAAAGUUUGAGACUCAAGAGGAUGAAAAACUGCUCCAAGCAGCAGAGAAGUUCCAGAAGGAAAUGGAGCUUAAGUUCCCAAAGCGGCGAUGCCUCACCUUUGUGACCGAUCUCAGUGGCAAGAUGGUUUUCAUUACAAGGUUCAUUGGGCCUCUCAGUCCACCCCAGGAGCUAUUGGAUGCUUUCCCAAAUAACCCUGAGGCUUCAGCAGAUCUGGUGGCUCGCUAUGUUUCUCUGAUUCCCUUCCUGCCUGACAGUGUGUCAUUUGCUGGAAUCUGUGACUUAUGGUGUACUUCAGAUCAAUUCCUGGACUUGCUGGCAGGUGAUGAAGAGGAACAUGCAGUUCUGCUGUGUAACUAUUUCCUAGCAAUGGGGAAGAAAGCUUGGCUGGUGAUAGGAACCGCCAUUCCUGAGGGUCCAACAGCCUACGUGUUGACCUAUGAACAGAAUCAGUAUGUGAUUUGGAACUGCACCACUGGACAGUAUUAUGGACAGUUUGAUGCCUUCUGUCCUCUGCAGAAUGUCAGCUGCUUGAUUAGUGCUGACAAUAUCUGGUUCAACAUACAGAAAUAUGACACAGUCAUGAGAAUAAAUUUUGACAUCAGCAAAUCCAAACUUUGGAAGCCAUUUUUCUCCCGAAGUUUCCCAUUUCCAGGCUUGUCAACUAUUCAGCCUGAAGAACUUAUUUAUCAACGCACAGAGAAGGCAGCUGCAGCAGAACUUCAAGACAAGAUUGAAAAGAUAUUGAAAGAGAAGAUUAUGGAAUGGAGACCAAGACAUCCAACUCGCUGGAACAGGUACUGCAGCUCUACCCUGCGGCAGUUCUUACCCACACUGGAGCUGAGCCAGGGGAGAGAUGUGGGGGAAGAACACCGUGUGCAACUGCAGGCCCUGCUGGGAGAUUACAGGAUUGCUGGGUUUCCUAUCCACAUGCCUUUCUCUGAACUGAGGCCCAUCAUCGAAGCUGUGCACAGCACAGGUGUCCACACGACUGAGGUUCCUCGUGUCGAGUUUGCACUGGCUGUGUACAUCCAUCCAUACCCCAACAGUGUGCUGUCGGUUUGGAUUUAUGUGGCUUCCCUGGUCCGCAGCAGAUAAGAGAAGCAAAUGAUCAUUCCCUUACGGUCCUGAUUUAAUGGCACUUAUAUGGUGGCUUAGUAUGUGGCGUUCACGGGGUUAGCAAGAUUCAGAACCCUUGAAUCCUGCUGGUAACUAGAUGGGUAUCCACAUCACCCAAAAAAUUACUAUAGCAUGGUUCCAGUCACAUUGUUAGAGAGUUGUUUCCACGGAUAUCCAGUUCUUUCUGAAUCCUGCUUGAAGACAGCAUACUUUCAACCCUGAAGCCUUAUCAAACAAAAUAAACUCAGGCAGUGCUCUGAAUUUAUAUCUCACCAUAAAUUUGAUACGUCACUUAAUCAGUGUUGUAUAUUUUCUUGAACAUUUUUCAUGGAAUUAUUUAUUUUGCAGCAAUUAUUUUGCAAUUUCUGUUAUUUGCAAUUGCUUGUUAAAGCCUUUCUAUUUAUUUUCAUUUAGGUAGACCGUUGUAUGAUCAUUCAUCAUGUAGUCUUUGUUUUACAGAUGUAAUUAUUUUUAUUUUGCAUUUAAUUAAUUCUGAAAUCAUUUCUCGCAAUGGAGCAUAGUCCUUUCUCCCCACCUAUCAGAAAGGGCACCUGACAUGAGAUGGUGUGUUUCACAAUGUAUACAUUGCAAUAUUAUAUUAAGACAAUUAUCCGUCAUAGGGGUUGAAGUAGUAUUUGCACAAAUAAACAGGAUAGUGUCUGGCAUUCAGUAGCUAAUGUAAGUGCAAAUAUACAGUAGUUAUUUCACUUGAAUUUGUUCAAAGGCUAGGUGUGGUUGAACAUGACAGAAAUGGGCUCAUAAUUGUGAGAAUAUAUUUUCUAAAAACAUACAAAUUGAAUCAGAAUAUUUUUGUAACCUUUAGUCAGUUGAUCUACAAAGUAAAAUGUAUGAUGACAAGUACUAUGAUUUUUUUUCUCUAAUCUACCUCUUAAUGGUUUAUAACAGUAUACAUACAUCUGUCCUUCCUGGGGAAUGGUCAGCAGGGUCUCUUUUGAGGUUCAUUUGGCUCAGAGGUGCCAAACCGGUCAAUGGAAUAUUUUCUUUUUUAAAAAAAGUCUAAAUACUGCAGAUGCUAGAAAU